AUGGCAGAGGACCUGUAUGCAUCGACGGGAUCUCUCCCUGCACGGCCUGGUCCUCUGAGCGCGCCUUCGUCCCCCCACUGGCGCAGACGCAGACUCCUGAACAUAGGCACUCCAAGCGCCGACCACUCUCCUACCGCUACGUUCUCUGCCCAUGACAUUCCCAACAGUGCAGCAAGUACUGGUUUCCCCUCGUAUGGCACUAUGCCUCGCACACAAUCCCAGCGGACACUCCACCCGUUCCCCAGCCCAGACGGCCCGCUUCUCGGUGUCAAUUUACGUAGUAACCGCCCUACCUCCUUUUUUGGAACACUCGGCCGGCGUGCACCGGCCGCAUACGAUGGCCAAACAAACAUCGACACCGUCCAGGAAACAGGCGAAGAUGAAGGCGCUCGUAUCAACGGUGUCCGGGUCUGGUAUAGCUCGUUUACAUCCAUUGACUGGCUGCACGAUGCGAUCAAAGAUUCCGCCCGAACCUUGCACAUACGUCGUCGGCAGUCCGCUCGUGGUCGAUUGCUCAACUUGGUGGAUCGCAGUACCGGGUGGCUUAUCGUCACCAUUGUCGGCCUUCUUACAGCCUUAGUUGCGUUUGCAAUCAUUCGGGCCGAGCAAUGGCUCUUCGAUAUCAAAGAAGGCUAUUGUGUCGAAGGAUGGUGGCGCGCCAUGCGCUUUUGCUGCCCAGCGAGCCUUGAUUCGCAAAGCUUGAGAAUGGCAAAAGUGCCCGCUCCUAUCGAAGUGUGCGAAGCCUGGAGGACUUGGGCACAAGUAUUUGACUCUGUUGGAGAUGAUUCCGGUUCGGAAAGCGGCCUGGAGUUGUGGGCAAUCGAAUAUAUCACUUAUAUGGCCAUUGCUCUUGUCUUGGCACUUGCGUCGUCGUUCCUGACCAUAAACCUUACCGCAUCGACCUCAUUUGUCUCCAAUAAAGACUCUGGAGUUCUUGGUCCUGCUUUCGAUUCGGGCAAGAAUCUGGGGACUACCACUCCUCCGAAAAACAAUGGACUUGUACCCAGAAAGGUUCUGUACUAUGCCGCAGGUAGCGGUAUUCCAGAGAUUAAGACCAUAUUAUCGGGAUUCGUCAUGCACGGAUAUCUGGGUGGCCGGACGUUGUUUACCAAGUCGGUAGGACUUGCUCUCAGUGUGGCCAGUGGGCUCUCGCUAGGCAAGGAAGGCCCGUUCGUGCACAUCGCAAGCUGUGUCGGAAACAUUGUCUCUCGUUUCUUUUCUAAAUACGAAACAAAUGAAGGAAAACGCCGAGAAAUUCUUAGCGCAGCUUGUGCAGCUGGAGUAGCCGUAGCAUUCGGUGCGCCAGUCGGAGGAGUCUUGUUUUCUCUCGAGGAGGUUUCCUAUUUCUUCCCACCAAAGGUUAUGUGGCGCAGCUUUUUCUGUGCUAUGGUUGCCGCGGCCACUCUCAAAUUCCUUGACCCAUUCGGAACUGGAAAGAUUGUUCUAUUUCAAGUAACGUAUGACAGAGAUUGGCAUGCAUAUGAACUCGGACUGUUCUUAAUACUGGGAGUAGUUGGGGGAGUCUUUGGAGCCUACUUUUCCAAGUUAAACUACCGCUGGAGUCGAUAUGUCCGCGGAGGCACAUGGUUGAAGACGCAUCCGAUGGCGGAAGUUGCGAUGGUCACAUUCUUGACAACGCUUCUUUGCUUCCUCAAUCCGUACACGCGAAUGGGCGGGACAGAGCUCGUGUACAACUUGUUUGCCGAGUGUCGGCUGGGCGAUUGGCACGAAGGACUCUGCGUUACACCUGACAGGAAGGAAGAGGUCGGGGCCGUUGUGAGCGCGAUCGGGACUGCGCUUUUGGUCAAGGGCGCUCUUACCGUUAUUACCUUUGGAAUUAAACUGCCUGCUGGUAUAUUUAUUCCCACACUCGGAGUCGGUGCAUGCUUUGGCCGGAUCGUUGGACUUGGGGUUCAGCAUCUUCACUGGACACAUCCUAGCCUUCCUAUUUUCGACGUGUGCAAAGGCGACCUCUAUUGCGUGAAUCCUGGCGUAUAUGCAAUGGUCGGAGCUGCGGCUGCGCUGUCGGGUGUUACGGUCAUAGCUGAUGCUCUCGAACCCAAGGGAAUCUACGAUUUGGUCAUCGAACUGUCUCAGCUGCCUUAUCUGGACUACAAGCACGAAUACCUAUGGGGUGCUCUCCAGGUCUCUGAUGUAACUGAUCGAAAGGUCGAGACUAUCGUUGUAGAAGAAGACAACACCGUCCGAGCACUCCGGGACAAGCUUCUUGUGGCGGUCCGUGAUGGAAAUGGGGACGGAGGCAUUCCGAUUCUUCAAAGAGAAGACGCAGGCUAUAGGAUGGUCGGGUAUAUCGGUACCAGCGAACUUGAGCACGCAUUAACAAUUCUCGCGGAUGCCCCUGAUGAAGUGUGUAGAUUCCAUGCUACUGCGCCCCCACAACCAGCCUUUGGUGCCUCUUCAGUCUCGUCGCUGUAUGAUACACCUGGCCAGGACCCAUUUGAUCUUACCAUUUACAUGGAUCAAGCGCCGUUGACUGUCCCAGCUCAUGCACCUCUCGAAUUGGUGCACCAGUUGUUUACUAAGCUCGGUGCACGAUAUGUAGUUGUCACUAACAAAGAUGGAAUGUACGAAGGAGUGAUUGACAAGAAUCUAUGGCUGGCUUUCUUGCUGACUUGGAAGCGAAGCAUGUACACGCGUGAUUGUUUUUGA